AUGUCGCCGCCCACUCGCAAAGACAAGCAAGAGGGCUAUAUUUCCUCGGUAUUUUCCACCUUUUCUGGCAAGAAGAGCGCACCAUUGCCGGACCGGUUCCGGGACUUGAAGCGUCACUUGACAACUGGUUUAGAAGAGGAAAUCCAGAAGUUGUGGGAUGAUCUAGUUGAAACUUUGAAAGUACGAACUGAGGAGGUCGCUACCAAGCGAGAGUCGAUUAUUCCCCAACUGAAGUUUGCCGAUCUUAAAGCUGGUAGUGUUUCGCCAGCGAACAUUGAAGCCAUCCGGCGCACGGGUGUCGCCGUCAUUAGAGGGGUUAUGCCGAAAGAUGUCGCUACAGGGCUUCUCUCUGAUACACUUCGGGCUCCCCCUCACGUCGAUGGUGGAGGAAUUGGGCGAUGGGAGGAUCGCUCAUACAACCACGUAUACCGCAAGAUCUUCCAAGGAAAGUGGCAGGAGUACGACCCCUGGGAUUUGACUGGCCGCCUGGAUGCCAAUAUGAAUAUACAUGAAGGACCAAGAGGCUGCUCAGUCUUCAGAACCUUCCCAAGCUGGCUCGGGCUGUCUCGUCACGGACCCCAGCAAGGUACUCUUGUGGUUCACCCUAUCUUACAGCCAACCACUGCUUACUGGAUGCUUCGACCCUUCUUCAAGCCCAUUCGAAAGGGCUCUCUGGAUGGAUGGAAGUUUUCCCUCGAUGAUGGGGAAGGUGAUGUCUAUCUGCACGGUGCCAAACCGGGAACUGCACAGGAGCAUACUCCCGACCACCGCCCCCAUCUAAGACUCUGCGAGACCAUGAUCCCGUACCCUACUGUUGAGUCAGGCGACACCGUGUUCUGGAGCGCUGAUACUAUCCACGGCACCGAGGCGGUUAACACAGGAGACAACGAUGCUUGUGUGUUUUACAUUCCAUCCGUUCCUCUGGACCCCAACAAUGCGCAACGUGAUGCUUUCAUGAAGGGUAUUCCUCCACCAGACUUCCCGGGUGGUCUUGGUGAGAGUCAGUUUUCGGAUAGAGCUUCUGUUAAAGACGUGCAGACUGAAGCCGGCAAAAUGGCCAUGGGCUUGAGUCCUAUUAAACUCAAUGGAAAGAGCGAAAAGUCAAUCAAAAUUAAGAGCGAUAUUAACAAGACCUUGGGCUAUUGA